AUGUCUCUAGCUAAGCCAGUUUCUUUGAAGGUUAACGCCGCUCUAUUCGAUGUCGAUGGUACUAUCAUCAUCUCUCAACCAGCUAUCGCUGCUUUCUGGAGAGAUUUCGGUAAGGACAAGCCAUACUUCGACGCCGAACACGUUAUCCACAUCUCUCACGGUUGGAGAACUUACGAUGCCAUCGCUAAGUUCGCUCCAGACUACGCCGAUGAAGAAUACGUCAACAAGCUAGAAGGUGAAAUCCCAGAAAAGUACGGUGAACACUCCAUCGAGGUCCCAGGUGCCGUCAAGCUAUGUACUGACCUAAACAAGUUGCCAAAGGAGAAGUGGGCUGUUGCCACCUCCGGUACCAGAGACAUGGCCCAAAAGUGGUUCAAGUUCUUGAACAUCGACAGACCAGAAUACUUCAUCACCGCUAACGAUGUCAAGCAAGGUAAGCCAUUCCCAGAACCAUACAUCAAGGGUAGAGAAGGUCUAGGUUACCCAAUCAACAAGGAAGACCCAUCUAAGUCCAAGGUUGUUGUCUUCGAAGACGCCCCAGCUGGUAUCGCUGCUGGUCAAGCUGCCGGUUGUAAGAUCAUCGGUAUCGCCACUACCUUCGACGUCGACUUCCUAAAGGAAAAGGGUUGUGACAUCAUCGUCAAGAACCACGAAUCCAUCAGAGUUGGCGGUUACAACCCAGAAACCGAUGAAGUCGAAUUCAUCUUCGAUGACUACUUGUACGCCAAGGAUGACUUGUUGAAGUGGUAA